AUGGGGCGGUACGAUGCUGCAGAUACGAAUGUCGAUUCCAGUGACCUAGAGUGGGACGGUCAGCUGAAGGGGGCUCGCCUCCUCCUUGGGGGUAUUGGACUUUAUGUCUCUUUCUUCCUGACAGGACUUGAGAGCACAAUCGUCAGUACAUCGCUUGUCGCCAUCACUAAUGAUCUACGAGGGUUUGGUCGGAGCAGCUGGAUAAUCACUUCAUACCUUCUAACCUAUGCAGGAUUUCUUAUGAUCUGGUCCAGAGCGGGCGAAAUCUGGGGAGUGAAGCCCAUGUUGCUGGCAUCUCUGGCCAUCUUCACGGCGUUCUCCGGUGGCUGCGGUGGUUCUCGAAAUUUAAUCAUCUUUCGAGCAUUUCAGGGGAUCGGUGGAGCCGGUGUUUACAGUCUAGUCAUCUUCUCUUUGAUCCGAAUGGUGUCCAAGAAGCAUUAUGCCACUGUCACUGGGCUGUCCGGUGUGGUUUUCUCCCUCGGCCUAGUCCUAGGUCCCUUGUUCGGAGGGGCGAUUGCAGAACAUGGCAACUGGCGCUGGGUAUUUCUGCUAAAUGUCCCAGCCGGUGCCCUAUCCUGGGCCUUGAUUUUCAUUGCAUUGCCGACGGGAUUUCCAUACUCGGCCAGAUCUAGAGAUUCUGUGCUACCUUCAAAACUCUUGACCCGGCAGAGCGUAUUGCUUCGCCGGGUUGACGUUUUGGGGGCGUUCCUCGUGCUUGCAACAUCAGUAUUUCUGGUGGCUGCUUUGCAGGAAGGUAACUAUGACUUCGGUUGGGAUUCCAGUUCGGUGAUCAUCUUCUUCGUGCUCUCAGGUAUAUCACUACCUCUUUUCAUCCUGUGGCAGUGGUUCCUCAGCAGACGCAACUCUAACUGUCAGCCAAUCUUACCAUGGCGGUUACUUACCAACCGUGUGUUCAUGGGGACUGUACUGGGAUCCCUUACUACGGGUGUUAGUGUGACGGUUAGCAUUGUCGAAAUACCACAGCGAUUUCAGGUUGUUAACGGCAGCUCACCACUUGGAGCCGGGGUGAAGCUUCUUUCCUUUGCAGUCAGUGUCCCUGUCGGCAUGAUAAUCUGCUCCGUCCUCACCGGCCGCCUUCCACUGCCUUUUGUUUAUCUCGGAAUCGCUGGUGUCGCUAUGCAAGUCGUUGGGUUCUUUCUAUUCUCUGGAAUUCAUGCGGAAACCCACAUAUGGCCGGGUCAGUUCGGAUACCUUGUUCUAGCGGGGCUGGGCACCGGUCUUGGUGUUGCGGUGUUUUAUCUCAUGCUUCCACUGGUGGUGGCGGUUACGGACCAGUCCAUUGCGCUAGGAACAGGUUUCCAACUGCGCAUGCUAGGCGGUGCGCUUGGGAUUGCAGCAGGUACAGCCAUCUUACAUAGCCAUACUCAGAGUGGCCUCUCGUCGCUGUUACCCGCUGAUGAGGUGGAUGCACUCUCCGUAUCCACCCAAUUGAUAAACGCGUUGACACCUGAGCUUCAGAGUCGGGUACGAGAGGUGUACGCGGAAGCGUACAGUUUGCAGAUGAAGCUGAUCGGGGGUUUCUCAGCUGCCCAGUUCCUCGCCUUGGUGCUGGUGUGGAAGCGACAAAAUGUGCGAAUUGUCAAACGAUGA